AUGGGAAAACAAUCAUGCCUGUCCCCCACCCCUACCGGUUACUUCGGUGGCCAGCGUGAGCGGACUGAUUGUUCGAGCCGGGCAAAGUCGCAUGCAGUGCGGGAAAUGAUGACGAUGCCGACGUAUGAUCCGAUCGAUAGGCGCGGCCGAUUGUUCCUGGCCGCUCGCAUCAACGUGUCGCGUGUAGGUGAAGAGGAAUCAAAUACAUGGCUGGAUCUUCUGAUAUAA